AUGCUGUCGACGACGACGGCCCUGCCGACGGAGACGUCCUGGGGCGACACGCUGAAGAGCUACCAGGCCGAGCGGGGCCUCGCGUCCUGGGACAAGCUGGGCGAGGCCCACCCGCCCAAGGACCACCGCGUGACCCACUACGAGAAGCGGUCCAAGUUCAACCCGCUGCUCCAGCGCCACUACGACCCGCGGCGCGAGCGGUCGGCGCGAAACUCCGCCGCCGAGGCCGACGGCGCGAAGCUCGCCGCGGCGCUCGACAAGCAGCCGCCGUUCGACAUCGUCACGCACGAGUUCCGGAGUGGCAAGACGCCCGCGGAGCGGGCGCCGAGCAACAAGCCGCCGGACUCGCGCACGUCCUGGAACAUCAUCAACCACAAGGCCAAGGACCCCAGGGCGCCCCCGCGGAAGUCCGUCGUCGACGCGCGCGCGGAAUCGGGCCUAUUGCCCGCGUCGUGGAAGCGCCGCGAGUUCGACAUCGUCUCGAACAAGUACAUCAGCGACCACAAGGGCCGCACGCUCCGGGACCGCACGGAGGCGAAGCACAGCGCCCAGAAGCUCUUCUGGGAGACGCACGACUUCGACCCGCUGCUCGGCCGCUACUACGACGCGGGCAAGGAGGCGGACUUCGCGAAGCAGCGCGCGGUGCUGAGCUCCAUCGCGGGCCAGGGGUCCGUGGCGCGGCUGCCGCCGGCGGUGCAGUACUGCGAGGGCGCGGCCUACGACAUCGUGAGCCACGCGGUCAAGGACCAGGCGAAAUUGGAGGUCGCGUCCGGCGUCGGCAACCGGGCCAUCGCGUCCAAGAAGGGGCCCUCGGUGGAGGCGGAGCUGCGGGACCGGUCCGUGAAGCGCGACGACCGCGACAAGAGCCGCGCCCUCGCGCGCUUCGCGAAGACGGUCGACUUCUGCGAGCGCGAGGGCGGCCGCCACCACGGCUACGACGUGUUGACGCACGAGUCGCACGUCGGCCGCCUCGCGCGGCCCAUGGCCACCAUGCGCAUCAAGAAGCCCGACGGGCCCUGGCAGCAGCUGUCCAAGUCCGCGGCCGUCGUCACCGCGGACCUCGGCGGCCGGCCGCUGCCCGCGACGAAGCGCUCCGCGACGGCCAAGGCCGCGCCCCGGGACCUCAGCGGCGCCCAGGUGCCCGCGCCGCCGACGGCGCCGGCGUCGAGCCGCACGGGCAACGUCCCCAUGCGCAGCAAGCCCAGCGGCCGCGGCGUCCCCGCGCCCACGGGCGCCGCGGCGCCCGCGCCGCGGCCCUCCGUGCCCGCGCUCAAGCUCCCGACGAGCCCAGCCUGA